UAUAUGUUGAGCAAGUUUUUUUUAAUGCCGGUGAAAGAUGAGGGGGAUCCAGACUAUCGGCAAAGAGAAGAAAAAGAGGAGAAAUCUUCUUCCCAAGAGAUGGAGAAGUCCCUUACUGAAUUACAAAGUCAAACUAAUACAGUUAGCAUCAAACAAGUCGAUGAAUUGAUUAAACUUUUUCGGCAUAAGAUUAGUGAUAAUAAAGAAAAACAAACUAAUUUUAUUCAGGAAUUGGACCAAUUGUUAGUUAAGAGAGGGAUUGAAGGGACUACUCAGGCGGCCAACUGGCUGAAAUAUAUCUUUGAAGAAAAGUUAAAAGCGGAGGAGGCCGGAGAAAUUUUGCGAGUGAUUGAAGAAAGUGAAGCAAGAAAAAAGGAAGAGAAAAUAGUUCGCAAGAAAUCAGCCCGCAUUAAGGAUAUUAAGACUAAUUUAAAAAAAUAUGGAUUAAGUGAUAAAAAAAUAACUACGGAAGACUUAACCAAAUGGGACAAGGAGGAAAAGCGGAAGAGAAAAGGCAAAGAAGUCAAACUGUCAACUGAAGAACUAGAAAUAGAUUUGGAUCAGAAAAAUCAAGAACCUAAUUUAGAAAAUGAAGACACCAAACCAAUUAAUAAAAGAGCAAUCAAAAAAAAGAAAAAGUAA